CAGCCAUCCUUCUACGAAAUAGCCAUCGAGACAGGCACGGACAAGGUCACCCUCCAUACCUACCAAGACAUGUAUGAGAGAUAUCUGUCCCCCAAGCGCAACCGCAAGAUCAGGCUACUCGAGAUCGGCCUCGGGUGCUGGCUGGGGUACGGGCUUGGGUCGGCUUAUCACACCUGGACGGAGUACUUUUCAUCUUUAAAGGAGAUCUAUUUCAUCGAAAAAGACGUCGAGUGCGCUGACAGGUUGUCGCGUGAGUUGAGCGAUGCGACCAUUGUCACAGGCGACCCAGGGGACGAAGCAUUCCUUGCAGGCUUCUUGCUGGAGCACAACACCAAGUUUGAUAUCAUCAUCGUGUCUGGUGGGCACAGUGUGGUGCAGCAGAUGGAGAGCUUGCGCACCUUGUGGAAAGCGGUGAAGCCUGGCGGUGUGUUCUUCUGCGAGUAUCUGGAGACGAGCUACAUGGAAAAUUACGGCGGGAAGGGGAAGAUCAGGUCGACAACUAAAGGCAAGAGUAUGAUCCAAUUUCUUCAGGACAUCAGCCAGGACAUGAUG